AUGAAUUGGGGUAAGGGAAUUUCCCCUUCGGACUUUAUUGGAUUGGUUUCCAUUAUCGAUUUGAGGAUUUCCCUCUUCGGACUUUAUUGGAUGGGCAGGUUUCCAUUAACGAAUUGGGGAUUUUUCUCUUCGGACUUUAUUGGAUUGAUAAGUUUCCCCUUUGAAUUUUAUCAAAUCAGUUUUCUACAGAUUUUUAUUAAGUUAGGUGAAGAUGAUGGGUGGAUGAUGGAUGAUGGAUGGUGA